UCCAACUUAUCCACAAGUGUCGGAUACAAUAUUUCAAAGCAACAAUCAUGAAGUGCAUCGCAGCUGUAGUCAUGAUGGCUCUCGCCGUCGUUGCUGAAGCUUCCUACGCCCCAGCGGUCUACGCCGGUCAUUACGGAUAUGCUGCGGCUCCUGUUGUGACCUACGCUGCCCACCAUGGACCGAGCGUUGUGCAGUCAAAUGACCUCCAUAGUUGGAACUACGCCGCCCACAACAGCUGGAAUCAUGCUCCGGUGGCUGUGGCCUACAAUCACUGGAACGCUCAUCACGUUCCUGCUGCCGUGGCCUAUAAUAGCUGGGAUUCUCACUAUGCUCCCGCUGCCGUCACUUAUGGUGCUGCUCACUGGAAUAACCAGUGGGACGGUCAUCAUCGCGCCGCUGUUGUUGCUGUUGCUCCGGUCGAGCAUUCUGCUUCGUAUGUUGCCGCCAACCGUGGAGCUGUGCAUAAGGCACCACUCCCAGGUCAUGUCGUCAACCAGAAGUCUCUGAAUCUGGCUCCAGCACCAGGAACUUGGUAAUACAUCUGCUAUGGUAUCGGGAGAAUCGGAUGACAGCACUCGUUUGAAGAAGGCUAACCUUUUGUGAAUAUUGUAAAUAUUGUACAAUAAAUUUUAUUAAACUAAA